AUGAAACCUCAAAUGGAAGAAUACCUUCAGAGAGCGUACAAGCUCAUGGCCAAGAGCCCCCUCAUUGACGGUCAUAACGACUUCCCUUUUAUCCUUAGAGGGUUUUGUCAGAACCAACUGGGGCAACAGGGCUUUGAUCCGAAUCAUUUGCCCAUCGGACAGACUGACUUUAUCCGGUUAAGAGAGGGUCGUGUGGGUGGUCAGUUCUGGAGUGCCUUUAUUCCCUGUGCAAAACCCGAAGACAAUGCUACGGGAAGCGACCUCGUGGUCACCCAGACCCUCCAGCAGAUCGACCUCAUCCAUUCCCUAAUCGAGAAGUAUCCACGCGUCCUCGGCCUAGCCCGCUCGGCCGAUGAAGUAUGGCAGGUGUUCCGAUCCGGUCGACUAGCUAGCCUGAUUGGGGUCGAGGGGCUGCAUCAGAUCGCUGACAGCGUGAGCGUGUUGAGAAUGUAUCAUCGGCUGGGAGUACGAUACAUCACGUUGACCCACAACUGCGACAAUCGAUACGCCACUUCGGUCAGUACCAUGUUCCAGACACUGCUCCUCCUUUUCUUCAAGGCCUUAUAUUCGUACUCGGCUGAUACCUCUGUCCAGAGUUCCACCGCCUCGCAGACGGGCUUGUCAGACGAUGGGAAACGCAUCAUCCAAGAAAUGAAUCGGAUUGGGAUGAUGGUGGACUUAUCUCAUACCAAUGAUGCCACACAACGCGACGUUCUCCAUAUAUCCAAGGCGCCCGUCAUUUUCUCGCAUUCCUCCUGUGUGGGAGUGACACCGCACCACCGAAAUGUCUCAGAUGAAGUUCUCGACCUCCUUCAGCAGAACGGUGGGGUGAUCAUGGUGUGCUUCCUGACUAACCUCGUCGCCCCGACACCAGUCGCAGGGGAAGAAAAGCAAACUGUAACGGUCUCCCAUGUCGCGGAUCAUAUCCUCUACGUGGGCAAACGGAUUGGAUUCGCUCAUGUGGGAAUUGGGUCCGACUUUGAUGGCAUGCUCCACGGGCCCCAGGAUCUCGACGACGUAUCGCAGUAUCCGAAUCUAGUUGUCGAACUACUCUGCAGAGGGGUAAGCGACGAUCAAAUUCAAAACAUCUUGGGACUCAAUGUGCUUCGGGUUCUGCAGGCCGUGGAGGAUACUGCCCGACAGAUCCGCCUGUGCGAGAGUAUCACGAUGCAGUGUGAUGAAAUUGCCGCGAUAUGGACGCCAGAACAGGAGUCGUGGAUACGGCAGGCGGGAGAGAGCCGGGUAGGAAAGAAGGAAUGA